AGUAAAUGUGUACCUAACGUACUUCCAAGUAUAAUUCUGUAAAAUAUACCUCCUAUUGUUAAAUCAUUUUAAAUUUCUAUGAUAAAUUUAAUAGAAUUAUAUCCUUAUUGAGUUCCUAUUUUUUCUUCAUCAUUAAAUCGAUCUUUAUUCAUCAUAUAAUAAGUAAGAUAUUAAUAUCAUAUAAAUAUGUUAUAUUUAUUAAGAAGCUAUAACAAAUAAAAUCGUUCAAUUUUAACAAUUAUUAUAUUUUUUUUUACAGAAUAAUUAUUUAUUACAGAUUAAUUCUUUAAGUAUAAACGAUAAUUAAUGUUAUAUAGAAUUUAAUAAAAUUAUUUUAAAUAAUUCAUUUUCAUACAUUUUCAGAAAAUGCCGAAAUCAAAGGAAUAUGUGUCUACGGAUGAUGACAGUAGUGAUGAGGGAAUGAAACCAAGGAAAAAGCAAAAAAGAGAAAUAGAGGAGAAAGAAGAAAAAGUAUCAAAAAAAUUAAAAAAUGAAUCUAAUAAAGAUGAAUCUAAUAAAGACACUGUCUGGGAUUUAGGAAAUAAUCGUCAAAUUAGUGUAAGAGACUUUAAAGGAAAAUUAUAUGUCGACAUCAGAGAAAUGUACUAUGAUAAAGAAGCAAAUUUAAAACCUGGAAAAAAAGGUAUUUGCUUAAAUGUAACGCAAUGGAAAAAAUUAUUAUCUGUUAUGGAUGAUGUGGAUAAAGCUGUAAAAUCUAAAUCUUGAAUAUUUAUUUUCUUAUAUUUAGUAAAUAUUUCAAUGAUUUGGGAUUAUGUUUAAUACAUAUCUUUCUUGUUAUUCAUAAACAGAAUACACAUUGGUUUUAUAUAUGUUCUUAACUUACAGUUAUGUACUGUUUGUGUUAUAUUAAAUAAUAUUUUCAAUAAAAAAAGUGUUUUUAUCCUAUA